AUCACAGUAUAUCAGGAGCGUCCAAUGCAUGAGGACAAAUUCUUCAUGAUUAGUGCUCACUUUAACUAACCAUCUCCUCUGCACACCCGCUGCAAAGCCAGCAGUGUGAGACAGACAGACAGAAUUCCCAAAUGAACCAGCCUUCCCACAGAAAUAUCUACAGUGACCAAGAAACUCUGCUUCAGAGAUGUUAUGUUUUAAAAUGCAUUAAUCAGGUCAAUGAGCAUCCCACCACCCCCCUCCCCCAUGCUUAGGAGAACAGGCAGCUCCGAGUCGGAGCAGGCUGGCUGUCUUCCUUCAUGUACAAACAUCUAAAUGAAACAUGGUGCGUUCAAUCGGCCCUGGGUUCUCAAAGGAAUUUGGUUCCGUCUUUCUACUUUAAACACAGUGAAGUUCAUGUGAAGACUAGCCUCGAUAUUGAGGGACUCGACCCAAAAUAAACACUGGUGAUUGUAUUCGAAUACACAGCUCCAUCAACAGAGGGCUUCAAUUAAGGACCAGAAGUGGAAUUUAAUGUAUUCACAUCAGCAUAUUGAUAAAACACAGAGGAUCAUUUGAGGUGUAAAGACAGCAGCCUUGCAGAGAUCCUGUUGUCUCCAUGCAUCCAGGAACAUCCAUCUAAACUGGAGUUCUGUUUUCUUGUAUAUUCUGAGCUAUAUUCUGCUGGACACAAAUGCUGACUGUGAACUGUUUGUCGCUGUUUCUUUGGAUUCUGUUAGAUGAGGGUCUUUUAACACCUCUUGAAUCACUGUCACCAAGGAGUUCAGCACACACAGGCAGUGACAACAUAAUUGAGCUGUCUGGAGAUGGAAUUCCUAAACUCCAACGUGUUAGACGGGGCUGGAUCUGGAACCAGUUCUUUGUACUGGAAGAAUACAUGGGGUCAGAACCUCAGUAUGUGGGAAAGCUACAUUCAGACUUGGACAACGGUGAUGGUUCUGUGACCUAUACUCUGUUAGGUCAAGGAGCUGGCUCAAUCUUCACCAUCGAUGAGAUUACAGGAGAUAUUCAUGCAAUAAAGAGCCUGGAUCGUGAAGAAAAGUCUUAUUACGUUCUGCGUGCACAGGCUGUAGAUACAGAAACCGGAAGACCUGUGGAACCUGAAUCGGAAUUUAUCAUUAAGGUUCAGGAUAUCAAUGACAAUGAGCCAAAGUUUCCGGAUGGACCUUACGUUGCUGAUGUCCCAGAAAUGUCUCCUGCUGGUUCCUUUGUUGUUCAAAUAACAGCGACAGAUGCUGAUGAUCCAACAUAUGGAAACAGUGCCAGGGUGGUGUACAGUAUCCUGCAGGGACAGCCAUACUUCUCUGUGGAUCCCAAAACAGGUGUCAUAAGAACCGCUUUAUCAAACAUGGACCGAGAAGUGAAAGAAGAAUACCAAGUUAUCAUUCAGGCCAAAGACAUGGGUGGUCAAAUGGGAGGCUUAGCAGGGACAACAAUGGUCAAUAUCACUCUCACUGAUGUUAAUGACAAUCCACCAAGGUUCGCCAAAAACGUCUUUCAUCUGAAAGUUCCUGAGUCAACCACAGUUACUUCUGAAAUUGGUAGAAUAAAGGCCAAUGAUGCUGAUAUUGGGAAGAAUGCAGACAUCGACUACAGCAUCGUGCCUGGAGAUGGACUAAAUGUGUUUGGGAUUAUCUCUAACAAGACCACACAAGAAGGAAUUAUAAGUCUGAAAAAGCCAUUGGAUUACGAAAAUAAAAAAUCCUACGUCUUCAAAGUAGAUGCAGUAGACCCCCAUCCAGAUGAACAUUUCCAAUCAAUGGGCCCUUUCAAAGACACAGCGACAGUGAAGAUUACAGUCUUGGAUGUAGAUGAGCCUCCCAUCUUCAGUAGACCCUUUUACAUAAUGGACGUUUAUGAAGAUACCAAUGUGGGCAGUAUCAUCGGUGCAGUGACAGCACAGGAUUCUGAUGUUAGCAACAGUCCUGUCAGGUACUCAAUUGAUGAGAAUACUGACCAGGAGAGAUAUUUCACGAUUGAUGAGAUUGAUGGAACAAUUGCGACCAAUGAUGUCCUGGACAGAGAAGAUAUUUCUCAGUACAACAUCUCUGUUGUAGCCAGAAAAGUCAGCAACCCUGAUCUGGUUAGCAAAGUCCCUGUGACCAUUCAAGUUUUAGAUGUUAAUGAAUAUGCACCAGAAUUCUCAGUGCCUUACGAGACCAUGAUGUGUGAAAAUACAAAGACUGGUCAGAUCAUUAUGACGAUCAGCGCAGAGGAUAAAGAUAUGCCACCUACUACACCACAAUUUCAUUUCAGAUUGUCACCUGAGGCUGCUACCAAUCCUAACUUCACAAUCCACGACAACGGAAACAACACAGCUGGAAUCUUACCCAAGAGAAAUAGUUACAGUCGCAGGCAGCUAGAGCUCUAUUUCCUUCCAGUGGUGGUCUCAGACAGUGGUUACCCUGUACAAAGCAGCACAAACACACUGACUAUUCGAGUCUGCGGAUGUGAUGUGGAUGGUACUAUCUUAUCCUGCAAUGUAGAAGCUAUCUUCCUCCCAGUGGGCUUGAGCACAGAAGCACUGAUAGCAAUCUUGCUCUGCAUCAUUAUACUCCUUGUGAUUGUGGUGCUGUUUGUGGCAUUGAGAAGGCAAAGGAAAAAGGAGAUCUGUAUGACAUCGAAAGAAGAUAUCAGAGACAAUGUAAUCAGUUAUGAUGAUGAAGGAGGUGGUGAGGAGGACACCCAGGCUUUUGACAUCAGCACCCUGAGGAAACCUGACUUGAUAGAGGAUGUGCAGUUGCGCAGAGACGUCAAGCCAGAAAGCCACCAUCCGCAGCGGCAGACCAUCAUAAUACAAAACCACACGGACAUUAGAGACUUCAUCGAUCAGAGAGUGCAGGAGAAUGAUGCAGAUCCCAGUGCACCUCCUUAUGAUUCCCUGGUGACAUACGCUUAUGAAGGAAACUGCUCGAUAGCUGAAUCACUCAGCUCCUUGGAUUCAGUUCCCACAGACACAGAUCAGGAUUACGAUUACCUCACUAACUGGGGGCCUCGCUUUAAAAAACUUGCAGAUCUUUAUUCUCCAGAGAAAACUAACAGCCAACAAAGUAAUACCGAACGACAGUAAAUUUGAAGUUUGGCAAAUUUAAGGACAAGUUGACUUUUGUCUUUUUUUUAAAAGAAAGAAUGGCUGCCAUUGUUACCCGCUCUGUCAACUUAUUGUUUUACUGUGAGAUAGUUUUAUUAGGUACCACAAAGAUUGGAUCAUUGUGAAAUUGGAGAGAGGCUGGCUGGUGCAGUGUCUUUGAAAUGUUUUGGCCAUGCAAUUGUAAGUGAAAAGGAAAACAAAAAAGCUGCAGGUUUUUCUGUAACCUUAACUGAAGUGCCUCAAAGAACUCUAAACACUGCAGAUGUUUAUGCUCUCCAGUAAGAGUGUCAGUUUUUAUUAUACAACUAAAAGGUGUUCUUAACUUGAAUUAAAUCACAUUUACUUCAAUAAAAGAAGCAAUGGAGUAGAUUUAGGUGUUUGUGUUAAUAAUAUUGAUUUUUGUUUUGGACAUGACCUCUACAACUAAGAAAAACAUUGAUGCCUAAUGAGCACAUGUUAUCCUCCUCAACAUUUUCCUCUCUGGGGCCUCUGUGUAUCUCUUCCUGUCAAACACAUUCAUGCUGUUGGAAAUCCAUGACAGGUACCAUAACGGAUUUCACCAUGAGUCCUGUCAAUCUGCUAUGUGAUGAACUGACAAGAAAUUUAUUAUAAAGGAAUGGAAUUGGAUCUGACAGUUUUUUCCCCUGUCAAGUUUUAUAUCUGAGAGUGAACUAACGUUACAAUUGAAAGUAAUGUCAGUCACAACAUUAUGAAAGAUCUCAAAACCCUUUGAUGUAUAGCCCAAAAUGCUAUUGCUAAAAUUACUUUGCAGCCAGUAAAAAAUUAAAGCAUUGUGUAUUAAUCCUGAAUUAUUUUGUAUCUUUGUAAAAGACUUUUUUUUACCUCCUGCAGAGAUACAGAUGGAAGUAAUGCCAGGGGCUCAGAGCUCAGAGCAUGGAGCUCAUUCCUGCAGCCAGAUUCUCUGAACUGUGAGAAAACAAAAAAGAAUUUACACAUUUACACUUGGGGUCUUGGAGCCAAUCCUCGGGCUGUCCCACUGAAGUCUCCAAACAACACAACUGCCUCGAAGGAUGAGGAAUUCAAUUCCCAACUACUUGUCAUGUCAUGAUCCAUAAUUUGAACUUCUGACCUAGAGGGUCAGUUCAUUACACUAAAGUAUAAAAUACAGGACAGGAUACUGAUAGAUGGGGCCCCUGAAAGACAAAUGUAAGCUGUAUGUAGCCUGUAGCCAGGGAGAAUAAUAGUUUCAUAGAAUUUAUGAAAGAGGCCCUCCAGCAUUCAAUUUUGCACUGACAAAAUAACUAAUCCAGAUUUACACUAGACUCACUUUCCAGCACUUGGUACACAGCAUUGAAUAUUGUGACAUUGCAAAUGCUUAUCCAAGUUCUGUGAUGAACAAUACAGAUAAAGAAUAUCAAUGAUGUAGUCAGUCAGGUCCUGACAGGUGUCUGUGAACUUAACCCACAACUGAGCAAUGAAACCGUUUGAAGAUAAUCUGAUAUAAUGAUGUUCAUGAUGAAUAUUGACCACAGACCACAAUGUAGGGAACUCUCCUGCUUUUCCUCUGACAGUACAGUUGGACCCAAAAGUAUUGGUAUAACCUUGGUUUAACAUCUCAUUCAGAUAUCAGCACCUUGGUCAGCGGAGUGCUCCCACUGCCAUCUGACUGGAGAUGAGUGAGAACGCUCUGAAUUCAUGAGAUUCACAUGAAGGUCAUGGCCAACAGGUUACCAGAUCGGAACUUGCUGUGAAUAUAAUACCUCAGGUGCUUGCUGCAAAUUUCAAAAAGGAAGAAUCAACCACAGAAUCACACAAUUGUUUAAGUGCCGAAGAAGGCCAGUCAACCUAUUGUCUCUGUAUGUCUCUUUGUAUGAGCAUCUUCACUGAGUGCCAUCCUCUUGUAAC